AUGUGAAUAGCAUCGCCGAGAAAGUGUUUAAGAGCUCGUUACCCCUAGCAUCGUACAUGGUAUCAUAUAAUAUAUGUCAGUAACAUCAUAUCUAUUAUAUAAUAGAUACUCGCGCGUGCGUCAGGCGUCGAAAGGAUCGCAAAACUUUUCUCAAAAGUGAACCUCGUUAAUGCGCGUCUCUCAGUUAGUGCCUGAGACUUGUCGGUGGAAGCCUAAAUCAACGAAACCGAGAUGCUGUUUGCACUGGCAUUCAUUAUUGGCCUCCUGCAGUCGCACGCGGUGACCGCUCAAGAACAAUGCGUGACACCGAACCAAGAGACAAGCGUAUGCGUUAGCAUUCGCAAUUGUCAACCCUUAUUGACGAUACUUCAAAACGAGGGGUUGGCAGCUGCCGACUAUCUCAGACAAUUCUUAUGCAACUACAACUACCAAGACAACGAGGCGAUGGUCUGCUGUCCAGGAUACUCGGAUAGGGGUGGCAGAAACGCGGGGCAGAAUGAUUACGGACCUCUGCUUCCACCGGACUGCGGAUUUAGCAACAUCACCCACACCAAAGUGGUCGGUGGAGUACCAGCCGUCCUUGGCGCAUGGCCUUGGAUCACUGCGUUGGGCUAUCAGAGUAGAAAAGACCCGUCGCAGACACUGUGGCUCUGCGGUGGUUCUCUUAUAUCACGCAGACACAUUUUGACCGCCGCGCAUUGCAUACGUGAUAAUUUGUUCGUGGUUCGCAUCGGAGACUUGAAUUUGUACCGAGACGACGAUGGCGCACGUCCUGUUCAAGUGGAAAUCGAAACUAAGAUCGUGCAUCCUGGAUACAAUCCUAAGCAAUUCGUCAACGACAUCGCUGUUCUUAGACUGGCGCAGGACGUUCCAUUUUCAGACUAUGUUUAUCCGAUCUGCCUGCCCGUGAGCGAUGCACUUCGAACCAAAGACUUUGUACGGACGUAUCCGUUCAUAGCGGGAUGGGGAUCACUUGGAUUCAGGGCAGCGCCUAGUGACGUCUUAAGAGAGGUGCAGGUGCCGGUGGUAACCAAUGCGGCUUGUAAACAGGCUUAUUCCGCGAUAAAAGCAGCUAUAAUUGACAAUCGUGUAUUAUGCGCCGGAUACCAACGUGGUGGGAAGGACGCUUGUCAGGGCGACAGUGGAGGACCGUUGAUGCUACCGCAAAAGUUUACCUUCUACCAAAUAGGAGUGGUGUCCUAUGGACACAACUGUGCCGAAGCCGGAUACCCUGGCAUCUACACCAGAGUCACGGAUUUCCUCGACUUUAUUCUCUCGGCGAUGAAAUAAACCGAUUACGUGAACGCACGUUUUCCCACGCGUUGCGCGGAAAACUGAAAUUCUAGUUUCAUUAUUAUCUAGAUAAUAGCCACCUCUAAUGUUUCUAUUGUCUACGAUCACGAAAUACCGCUUAAAACUUUGUACACGCUACUAAUUUCUUUAUGGAACGUAAUAUAAAUGUUUAAUGACC